CCUUGUCUUUUUGGAUCAAACACUGCUGAAAGCCACUGCUGAAACUGAAAGGUCUUCUCUCCUUUCCUCCGUCCCGUUAACUACUCUUGUUAAUAACCACUACUAAUUAGAAACGUUGUUUAAUUUAAUUAUCCACUAUGUCUGUUACUUAAACGGCAAUAACACACCAGCCACAGGCUGAAUUGCCAGUCACCACCACCACCACGCGAAUAUCCGCGAAUAUCCAAUAUUCAUUGGAUCGUUUACUCCACGCGCACUCACAACCAACAGGAAUACUUUUUUGGCGGCAUCACUUCCUCGCCGCUUUCACCUUCACAUUCCCUCUAUACAUAUAUAUACCCAACCUCCCUCCCUCCCUCCCAUCCUCUGUCUCUCUCUCUCUCUCUCCGGUAACGCUUUCCUCUAACAGUAUCUCAAUCUCUCCCUGCUUGCGCUUCAAAUCAAAAUUUUCGUUUUAAACCUUCAUUUCUCUCUGCUUCUCUGUUCGUUGAACUCGCCAUGGGAACUUGUUCCAAAGAGGACUGCUACUAUCCGUCUUAUCAGGAUCGCCAAUUAUCCAAGCAGCUUCGCGAUAAUGUCCAUGGCUACAUCUAUCUGGAUCCGAUCUUUCUGAAGUUUGUUGAUACUGAACAGUUUCAGAGACUUCGGGAUCUAAAGCAACUCGGUCUAACAUACAUGGUUUACCCAGGAGCUGUACAUUCUCGGUUUGAGCACUCAUUAGGUGUUUAUUGGCUGGCUGGUGAAGCAGUUCACAGAAUUAAAGCUCACCAAGGCUUGGAGCUUGAUAUUAAUAACUUCGAUAUAAAAACAGUGAAACUUGCAGGACUAUUGCAUGAUGUUGGACAUGGGCCAUUCAGCCACUUGUUUGAACGAGAGUUUCUGCCUCGGGUUCUUAAUGGCCUUAACUGGUCUCAUGAGGACAUGUCUAUAAGAAUGAUAGACUAUAUUGUAGACAAGCACAAUAUUGACAUUGAUCGUGAAUAUCUAAAGAAAGCAAAGGAGAUGGUCAUUGCUAGCACUGAACAUGCUUCUCCAAGAACUGCGAAUGAAAAGCAAUUCCUAUAUGAUAUUGUUGCGAAUGGUCGAAAUGGGAUAGAUGUUGACAAGUUUGAUUACCUUGUUCGUGACUCCCGUGCUUGUGGACUGGGAUGCAGUUUUCAGUUUGAGAGGUUAAUGGAUACCAUGCAUGUUAUAGAGGAUGAGAUAUGCUACCGAGCCAAGGAUUAUCUCACAGUCCACAAAUUAUUUGCAACACGUGCUGAUAUGCAUCGAACAGUCUAUACACAUGCAAAAGUGAAGGCAAUAGAACUCAUGGUUGUUGAUGCCUUGUCAACAGCAAAUAGUUAUCUUCGGAUUACGGACAAAAUUGAUAAGCCAGAUGAAUUUUGGAAGAUAGAUGACUCUAUCUUGAAACAUAUUGAAACUAAUUCCAGUAAGGAGCUCAAGGAAGCAAGAGAUUUGAUUCAGCGCAUCAGGAGAAGAGAUCUAUAUCAGUUCUGCAAUGAGUUCUCUGUUCCAAAGGACAAACUAGAGCACUUCAAAGACAUCACACCACAGGACAUUGUUUGCUCCCAGACAGCCGGUCGCAUUACACUAAAAGAGGAAGAUGUUGCUGUGAGCAUUGCUAAGAUUGAUUUGACGCGAGGAAGGAAUAAUCCUCUUGAAAGCGUCAAAUUUUUCAAGGACUAUGAGAGUGGGGAUAAAUUCUCAAUACAAGAUCAUCUCAUCAGCCACUUGCUGCCUUCUUUUUACCAAGAUAAGAUAGUGAGAGUUUAUGCUAAGAAGCCUGAGCUGGUGGAAGCAGUUUCUAAAGCAUUUGAGAACUUUCAACUGAAGAUAUAUGGAGUGAAAGCACAGGUACAUGCUACUCCUGAGAAGAAGAGACGAAAUUGUACAUGUUAGUGCUGAUUGAAAAAGGUGAAGUAGAUUAGGUUCGCCAAUCAGCAAAUGUAUAAAAUACUUGGGAGGCCUCAGCUUACCAGUAUAUAUGUUUCCUCGCACACUGACAGUUAUAGUGGUGGAUUAUGAUAAUGGCUAAUAUAAUAAGCAUAAUAUUGGAAUUA